CCUCAGCUGGACGCAAAGAGAAGGCAAGAUGUCACCGAAAGACUGUACGAGGAUGGAGGCUCUGUCCUCCGUCGUGUUUGUCUUCUUUUUUCUCUGCGCGACCGGUGUCCGUGGGGACGGUUUGACGGUGCUGCAGGCGCCGGACUUUGUGUCCUUCCAGAAAGGAGAGUGGCCCAUCUCUGGCGAGAAAAUCCCCGACCUGGUGGCCCUGACCAUGGGCUUCUCUGUUCAAGAGGAUCUGUCUUGGCCAGGCCUGCAAGCCGGCCCCCUCUUCCAGCGUCCCCGCGCUAACGUUCUGGUGGUGGUCCGAGGAGCCGAUGGCCUCGCCUUGCCUCAGAGCGUGGCCUCCUAUCCCUUAGAGAAUUUUUUCCUUGUUUCUUCGCAGCCGGUGCCGUUCACGCUGGAUAGCGUCGCAGAGACGGUGCACUCCCUGUUCGCAGACGACACGCCUGUCGUGCUGCAGCUCGCGCCGAGUGAAGAGAGGCUGUACAUGCUGGGCAAAGCCAACGCCGUGUUCGAGGACCUGCCGGUUACUUUGCAGCAGAUCCGAGGCCGCCUGUCCCAAGAUGGCUCCGUACUGGCCACCCUGCCCCUCAGCUCCCUCAGCAGGAACGCGGAGGCCGAUUUGCUGUUCCUCUCCGAGAUCCAAGUCCUGCGUGACAUCACUGCUCUGCUGCAGAGGCACCGGCAUCUGGCCAAAGACCACUCUCCGGACCUUUACUCCCUGGAGCUGUCGGGCCUGGAGGAGCUGACCCGCGUCUACGGCCGAGACUCUCCUCAGUACCGUGACGCCGCCGCCAUUCUCUCCUCUGCCCUGCAGAAGUUCGGCGAGGACGUGUACGGUCUCUACGGCGACAGUGCUGUGGUGGAGGUCGUGACCGUGAAGAACUUUGAGGCUCCUCUCACCAGGAAAUCUCGCUCCAUUUUGGAAUCCAAACAGAUUAGCAACCCAGGCAGCCCGUACAACUUGGCGUACAAGUACAACUUCCACUACGCCGUGGUCUUCAACAUCGUGCUGUGGCUGACGAUCGCGCUGGCGCUCGCCGUGAUCGCCGUCGGUUACAGCCUGUGGAACAUGGACCCGGGCUACGACAGCAUCAUCUACAGGAUGACCAACCAGAAGAUCCGGAUGGACUAAAAAGCUGACCAGCAAGCACUCCGGAGGUCCGUCCCCCAGGUCCCGCUUGUGAUUGUUUUGUGCUUCGUGUUGGUGUGGCAUUUAGUGAACAGUUGGUCGGCAAUUGGUUUACGACGCUGCUGUGAUUGUUGAAAGUGAAUAUCAACCUAACAACACAUCGUUCCGUAUGUGACUCACUGUUUUUUGUAACGUAUGUUGAUGUUUUGAAAGAAUGUGUGAAUUUGUCAUGAAAACCUAAGUUAAAUAGAAUCAAUGCGUGUGUAUAUAUUGAAAAUACAAAUGCAACUGUGUGACAAACUGCUGUGCUCAUUGCUUAAGUGAAGAUACAUGUUUAUUGCCUGAAAUAACUUGACCAUUCGUUGUAAACAUUGGGCAAGAAUAAUGAAGUGAACUGUAAAAUUGCAAGAUAAUAAAUUAUUAUAGAUCACA